AUGUUUUCUCUUAGAAAUUUCCCAUCUCUUGCAUCGAUUUUCUCGGCCUACGCAUCAAUGUCGGGAUACGUCAUGAUGAUCAAACAAUUUGUUGAGAUGACAAUUCCACCUCCGCUACAAAACUACAUAAUCACUUAUCUUAAUUGUUACUUCGUCUCUACUCCAUCGACUCUCACGCUCAUCAUCGAAAGCCAGAUCAAGAAUGGGAUGUGCAACGAGCUUUACGAGGCUGCUCAGGUUUAUCUCUCCACCAAGAUCAACCGCGAUGCGUCAAGGCUAAGAAUCUCUAGACACCACAGUGAGAAAAACGUCAAGUUAUACCUCAGCAACGGAGAGCAUGUCUCCGAUGUCUAUCAAGGAAUUGAGCUCAAGUGGCGGUUUAUUGUUGUUAACAGCGAGAAGAGCAAUAUGGUUGACGAAUGUUUCGAGCUGAGCUUUGAAAAGAAACUCAGGGAUUUUGUCUUGAACUCUUAUGUACCUUACGUGGAGAGAAAGGCAAAGGUGAUCAACGACGAGAGGAGAAUCCUUAAGAUGCACUCCUACUGUAACAGGAGUCUAACAUGGCAAUCCGUGAAACUCGAGCACCCUACAACAUUCGAAACCAUGGCUAUGAACAAAGAGCUCAAGCGUUCUGUGGUGGAAGAUCUUGAUAAGUUCAUCAAAAGGAAAGAUUUUUACAAAAGAGUUGGGAAAGCUUGGAAGAGGGGUUACUUGCUGUACGGUCCACAUGGGACCGGGAAGACUAGCCUAGUGGCGGCCAUGGCUAAGCACCUUAAGUUUGACAUUUAUGAUCUCCAGCUUGCAAGCGUAAAGGGGGAGGCAGAUCUAAGGAGAUUACUUCUCCGCACAAAAAACAGUUCGAUUCUUGUGGUGGAAGACAUAGACUGCUUCAUGGAUUUGCCUACAAGGUUGCAACCUAUGUCUCAUGAUGAUUCUAAGGGAACAGAAACGUUGACGUUAACAGGAAUCUUGAAUUGCAUAGAUGGGUUAUGGUCGAGCUGUGGCGAUGAACGCAUAGUAAUCUUCACCACAAACCACAAGGAGAGGCUCGAUCCAGAGUUGCUUAGACCAGGGCGUAUGGAUAUGCACAUUCACAUGGGACAUUGUUGUUUUGAUGGAUUCAAGACUUUGGCUUCUAACUACUUGGGCUUGUCUCAUGAUGAAAAUCAUUAUCUCUACCCGGAAAUCAAGCGUCUGAUUAGUGGAGAAGUGUUGACUCCAGCUCAAGUUUCAGAGGAGCUAAUGAAAAAUGAAGACAUUGAUAUGGCGCUAGAGGGUUUGGUGAGAGCUCUCAAGAAGAAGAGGGCAGAGCAAGAAAAGUAUGAUGAUGACAUUAAGAAAAAUAUGGAGAAACUGGAAGAGGGAGAAGAGACUUGA